AUGGGCGAGAAGCCAUACAAGUGCUAUGUCUGUCCUGCAGAGUUCACCCAGAGCUCACACCUGCAGCGUCAUAAAAAGACACACACGGGCGAGAAGCCAUACAAGUGUGAUCUCUGUCCUGCAGAGUUCAUCCAGAGCACGAACAUGCAGCGUCACAAGAGGACGCACACUGGCGGGAAGCCAUACAAGUCUGAUGUCUGCCCUGCAAAGUUCAGCCGGAGCAGUGACCUGCAGCGCCAUAAGAGGACACACACCAGUGAGAAGCCAUACAAGUGCGAUGUACGAAGUACGAAGUGCGAUGCCUGUCCUGCAAAGUUCAGCCGUAGCGGGCGCCUACGGGACCACAAGCGGACACACACUUGA